AUGCCCAAGGCCGAGAAGGGGAAGCCCAAGCGCGCGUGUCCGCUUGAAAAGCAACUUGCUUUUGAUAACAAGCCGUGGUAUGAUCAGGAUGGCAAGAAGAAUGCGCGCUGCGAUGCUGAUGACUUGGACGACGGUAUGGUGGAAGAUGUAAUGCCUGAAAAGUUGAGUCGCCGCACACUGGCGCUUGCAAGACAGCAGCAAGCGGAGGAACAGGCCCGACAGAAUAAAAGUAAACGUCGAUCGGCUGCUGCACAGUUUCCAGUGAAACCUCAAGUUAAUAGCAGCGACGAGGAUGAGGAUUCUGAGGCGGACGAUAACAUGGACACUGAUGAAUACGACGGACAGAACCUUGUGCGCGUCAAUGGUGACUACGUAGAGGAGGUGGAGAUCUGUGAGGACGACGAAGAAGCUCUUGCCAACUUUAUGAUGGGUGCACCUGAGCGUCGUAACCUUGCCGAUAUCAUCAUGGACAAGAUUUUUGAGAAAGAGGCACGUGAACGUGGUGAAAUGGACGACGAUAGCCAAGGACCGCAGAACAGAAAAUUUGAUCCCAAGAUCGUAGAAGUGUAUACGGGUGUGGGCAAAAUCCUGCAACGGUACACGUCAGGCAAGCUACCCAAGGCUUUUAAGGUCAUCCCGAGCUUGAGUUACUGGGAGGACAUCCUGUGGCUUACGCGUCCCGAGAAAUGGUCGCCGCAUGCGAUGCGGGCUGCAACGCGGUUGUUUGCCUCGAACUUGAACCCCAAGAUGGCCCAGCGAUUCUUUAACAUUUUCUUGCUGGAGCACGUGAGGCAGGACAUUCAUGAGAACAAACGGCUGAAUUUUCACUUGUACAUGGCUCUGAAGAAGGCGCUGUACAAGCCGCAGGCGUUUUUCAAAGGCAUCAUUAUCCCGUUGUGCGAGAGCAGAAACUGCACACAGCGUGAAGCUGCGAUCAUUGGCAGUGUGUUGUCCAAGGUGUCAGUGCCUGUGAUUCACUCGGCUGCAACGAUCAUGAAGCUCGCAUCCAUGGAGUACGCGGGUGGUAACAGUAUGUUCAUUAGUGUGCUGCUAAAUAAGAAGUACAGUCUGCCCACUCGUGUGAUCUCGGAGCUGAGUCAGCAUUUCCUACGCUUCACGUCGGACACGCGCAAGCUGCCAGUUUUGUGGCACCAAUCGCUAUUGGUGUUUGCGCAGCGUUACAAGAAUGACAUUUCCAAGCAGCACAAGGAAGCCAUGAAGGCGUUACUCAAGCAGCAUUUCCACCACCAGAUCACGUCUGAGAUCCGUCGUGAACUAUACAACGAGAUGUAA